CAUUGGCUGUGAACCUUCCUGGGGCAGAACCCAGAUGGAUGAGUUUCCAAAGGUCUGGCCCUUCUAGCCAAGCCUGAUGUUCAACAGUAGAAUGGAAGUAGUGAGCACCUAUUCUGGUCACGUUCUUCCCAGGUCCUGCCCUCUGGGCUGCGCUUGGACGCUCGGCUAACCUCUCUGUCUCUUUCUCUUUGUCUGUCUGUGUCUGUCUGUCUCCCCCUCUCUCUGCCUCCCUUUGUGGAGGGAGGUUUCUCCCUCUUCUCUUUCAUCCUCUGGGCGUGUGUCCCUCUGACUCUGGCCUCUGCCUCCUCUCUGUCAUUCAUCUUUUCUCUCCGUGCCUCUGUCCCCAUCCCUGUACCUAUCCUGGUCUCUCCGCAGGACCCUCCAGUGGACAUGGGUCGGGCCCUGGGGCCGGCCCUGCUGCUCACCUCACUCCUUGGGGCCUGGGCAGGGCUGGGCCCGGGGCAGGGCGAGCAGGCUGUGACGGUGGCCGUGGUGUUUGGCAGCUCGGGGCCACUGCAGGCCCAGGCCCGUACCCGCCUCACCCCCCAGAGCUUCCUGGACCUGCCCCUGGAGAUCCAGCCGCUCACCGUGGGUGUCAACAACACCAACCCCGGCAGUCUCCUCACCCAGAUCUGCGGGCUCCUGGGCACCGCCCGAGUCCACGGCAUCGUCUUUGAGGACAACGUGGACACCGAGGCCGUGGCCCAGAUCCUCGACUUCAUCUCCUUCCAGACCCACGUGCCUAUCCUCAGCAUCAGUGGGGGCUCUGCCGUGGUCCUCACCCCCAAGGAGCCGGGCUCCGCCUUCCUGCAGCUGGGCGUGUCCCUGGAGCAGCAGCUGCAGGUGCUGUUCAAGGUGCUGGAGGAGUACGACUGGAGCGCGUUCGCCGUGAUCACCAGCCUGCACCCGGGCCACGCGCUCUUCCUCGAGAGCGUGCGCGCCGUCGCCGACGCCAGCUACGUGGGCUGGCGGCUGCUGGACGUGCUCACGCUGGAGCUGGGCCCCGGCGGGACGCGCGCCCACACGCAGCGCCUGCUGCGCCAGCUCGACGCCCCGGUGCUGGUGGCCUACUGCUCGCGCGAGGAGGCCGAGGUGCUCUUCGCCGAGGCGGCCCAGGCCGGCCUGGUGGGGCCCGGGCACGUGUGGCUGGUGCCCAACCUGGCGCUGGGCAGCACCGACGCGCCCCCCGCCGCCUUCCCCGUGGGCCUCAUCAGCGUCGUCACCGAGAGCUGGCGCCUCAGCCUGCGCCAGAAAGUCCGCGACGGCGUGGCCAUCCUGGCCCUCGGCGCCCACGGCUACCGGCGCCAGCACGGCGCCCUGCCCGCCCCGGCUGGGGAGUGCCGCGGCCACCCUGGGCCUGUCAGCCCUGCCCGGAAGGCCUUCUACAGGCACCUACUGAACGUCACCUGGGAGGGCCGGGACUUCUCCUUCAGCCCCGGUGGGUACCUGGUCCAGCCCGCCAUGGUGGUGAUUGCCCUCAACCGGCACCGCCUCUGGGAGACGGUGGGGCGCUGGGACCAUGGUGUCCUGCACAUGAAGUACCCGGUGUGGCCUCGCUACGGUGCCGCCCUGCAGCCCGUGGUGGACAGCCGGCACCUGACGGUGGCCACGCUGGAAGAGCGACCCUUUGUCAUCGUGGAGAGCCCCGACCCUGGCACAGGCGGCUGCGUGCCCAGCACCGUGCCCUGCCGCCGGCAUGGCAACCACACCUUCAGGUCCGCGAGAGCACCCGGGAGAGCCGGUGUGAGCCGCGCGCCGCCGUGCGAUGGCGGGCGUUGUGUGUGUCUUAUGCUUGGGUACAGGGGUGGGCGUCCACCCGCCAGGCUGGGGGGAGCCGCUGGCUCUGACCCCUGCUGGUCUCUUGGUGGCAGCAGUGGUGACACGGCCCCCUACACCAAGCUUUGCUGUAAGGGCUUCUGCAUCGACAUCCUCAAGAAGCUGGCCAAGGCGGUCAAGUUCUCCUACGACCUGUACCUGGUGACCAACGGCAAGCAUGGCAAGAGGGUGCGCGGCGUGUGGAACGGCAUGAUCGGGGAGGUGUACUACAAGCGGGCAGACAUGGCCAUUGGCUCCCUCACCAUCAAUGAGGAGCGCUCCGAGAUCGUGGACUUCUCCGUGCCCUUCGUGGAGACGGGCAUCAGCGUAAUGGUGGCUCGCAGCAACGGCACCGUCUCCCCCUCGGCCUUCCUGGAGCCCUACAGCCCUGCCGUGUGGGUGAUGAUGUUUGUCAUGUGCCUCACCGUGGUGGCCAGCACCGUCUUCGUGUUCGAGUACUUCAGCCCCGUCAGCUACGACCAGCGCCUCUCCAGCGGCAAGAAGCCUGGGGGCCCGUCCUUCACCAUCGGCAAGUCCGUGUGGCUGCUCUGGGCGCUGGUCUUCAAUAACUCGGUGCCCAUCGAGAACCCCCGGGGCACCACCAGCAAGAUCAUGGUCCUGGUCUGGGCUUUCUUCGCCGUCAUCUUCCUCGCCAGCUACACCGCCAACCUGGCCGCCUUCAUGAUCCAGGAGCAGUGCAUCGACACUGUGUCGGGCCUCAGUGACAAGAAGUUCCAGCGGCCUCAGGAUCAGUACCCGCCCUUCCGCUUCGGCACCGUGCCCAACGGCAGCACGGAGCGGAACAUCCGCAGCAACUACCGCGACAUGCACGCGCACAUGGUCAAGUUCAACCAGCGCUCGGUGGAGGACGCGCUUAGCAGCCUCAAGAUGGGGAAGCUGGAUGCCUUCAUCUAUGACGCUGCUGUCCUCAACUACAUGGCGGGCAAGGACGAGGGCUGCAAGCUGGUCACCAUUGGCUCUGGCAAGGUCUUUGCCACCACUGGCUAUGGCAUCGCCAUGCAGAAGGACUCCCACUGGAAGCGGGCCAUAGACCUGGCGCUCCUGCAGUUCCUGGGGGACGGGGAGACCCAGAAGCUGGAGACGGUGUGGCUCUCGGGGAUCUGCCAGAAUGAGAAGAACGAGGUGAUGAGCAGCAAGCUGGACAUCGAUAACAUGGCCGGCGUCUUCUACAUGCUGCUCGUGGCCAUGGGGCUGGCCCUGCUGGUCUUCGCCUGGGAGCACCUGGUCUACCGGAAGCUGCGCCACUCGGUGCCCAACGCGUCCCGGCUGGACUUGCUGCUGGCCUUUAGCAGGGGCAUCUACAGCUGCUUUAGCGGGGUGCAGAGCCUGGCCAGCCCCGCGCGGCCGCCCAGCCCGGACCUCCCCGCCGGCUCGGCCCGGGUCAGCGUGCUCAAGAUGCUGCAGGCGGCGCGCGACAUGGUGACCACGGCGGGCGUGAGCAGCUCCCUGGACCGCGCCACGCGCACGCUCGAGAGCUGGGGCGGCGGCCGCCGCGCGCCCCCGCCGCCCGCCUGCCCCAGUCCGCGGCCGCCCACCCCCGGCCCGGCCCCCGAGCCGAGCCCCACGGGCUGCGGGCCGCCGGGCGGGGGCCGCACCGCGCUGGGGCGCAGGGCCCCGCAGCCCCCGGGCCGCGCCCCGAUGCCCGGCUCCUCCCUACCCGACGUCUCCCGGCUGUCUGGCCGGCCGGCCUGGGAGGCGCGCUGGCCGUUGCUGGCCGGGCGCGGCGGGCGGCGCCUCUCGGCCUCCGAGCGGCGCGCGCUCCCGGAGCGCCCGCGGUCGCCCGAGCGCUGUCACUACAGCUCCUUCCCUCGAGCCGACCGGUCAGGGUGCCCCUUCCGUCCGCUCUUCCCGGAGCCCCCCGAGCCCGAGGACCUGCCGCUGCUCGGGCCGGAGCAGCUGGCCCGGCGGGAGGCUCUCCUGCGCGCGGCCUGGGCCCGAGGUUCGCGCCCGCGCCACGCUUCCCUGCCCAGCUCGGUGACCGAGGCCUUCGCCCGGCGCAGCUCGGAGCCCUCCCGGUGUGCCCGCCCGGCCUGCGGGCGCUGGAUGCAGGCGCAGUCGAUGCGGCUGCCGUCCUACCGGGAGGCCUGCCGGGAGGGGGUGUGGGCAGGGGCCCCCCCCUGGCCGCACGGACAGCACACCUGCCUCCACGCCCAUGCCCACCUGCCGCUUUGCUGGGGGGCUGUCUGCCCUCACCUCCCACCCUGUGCCAGCCACGGCCCCUGGCUUCCUGGGGCUUGGGGGCCUCCGGGGCACAGGGGCCGGACCCUGGGACUGAGCACAGAAUACAGGGACACUGGGGGGCUGGAAGAGGCCAGCAGGGCGGCCUGUGGGAUGCACGGCUUCCCCCGACCUUGCACCUGGAGGCGGAUCUCCAGCUUGGAAUCCGAAGUGUGAGGUGUCAGCUAUUCUGGUUCCUGCUCAGCUGGAUUCUCCGCCUGGCACUGCCAGCGUUAGGGGGUAGGUGGGCUCGGGCUUUUCUGGCUUCUGCCACGAAAUCCUGGCCCUGGGAACCCAGUGACAGAUGAUGUCUUCCACGGUCAGCUCAGCGACCUCAGCAGCCUCAGGUCCUGGUGUGGGGUGCGCUUUUGCCAUCUUCUCAUGCCAAUCCCUUCCCGCCUGGGCUGGAGUCACGGGGAGCAGCAGCGGGGUCUCCCUGCCCUGCUGUGAGCCAGUCCCUGGUCAUGGCUUCUGGGGGCUCGCUGUGGGAGCAUGGAGGCUGGAGCUCGGUGUUGGGGCAGGGCGGCCCUGCUCCUGGCUCCGGCUGGCUGGAGUUGCUUCUCCUCAGAGUGCUGGGACAUUAAACAAACCUUUUACAACCCACUGGUCCCGGCUGCCUCAUUCUGCAUCCCUGGAGGGGGCACACCAGAGCUGGUAGCAUCCUGGGAGUAUCCCAGAUGGGGUGUCUGCCUAGAGCAGGUGGGCAGCUCCCUUUGUGGAGUAUCCGGGAGGUAAGGCUGAGAGAGGGCUCCAGGCAGCAGAAGCCACUUGGUAUUCAGUGCCAGCUCCCGCCCGCCCUGGUGCCAAACGAAACAAAUGGCGCUCAGCACGGGGGCUCUGGUGGUGAUGGAUGGAGCUCAUCCUUCAAUCUCCUUGAAAAGAAGGGCCCACGCCAGGGGCUCUGGGGGUUCUGCCCUGCCAGGGGUCCCCGGGUCCCCGUGGGAGCCUGACAAUGUUAUGGUGGAAACGGCGGAGGGAGGUCUGUUGUGGGGAACCUGCUGGGCUCUCCUGGGCCCUGGCCAGCUGUGUUCGCCCCGUGGUGGCUGUGCAGGGCUCGGACUGCCGGCUGGCUCUGGAAGCCUGGCAUGGGUGGCUUCCGGGGUCAGGCACGGCUCAGCCUUGGGAGGGAAAGACCUCCAGGUCAGAGACUCUGUACCCACAUCUCAGUUCUCUGUCCUCCCUCUGGGGCUCUCAGUCCCACCUCCUUCCUCUGUCACAUGUCACUGGCUGUGAACCAUCUAAAAAGAUGGCUCCUGCUUACCAUUUUCAAUGCUUUCACUUCUGGGAUUACAUUUAGCCCCACAAUGACUAAAGCA